GAUUAGGGCGUCUUCCUGCACCAACACAGAACACACUCUACUGUGAAGUGGGAUAACCUGACUGAGGCAUCAGUACAAUGCCAUCCGACUUCCUAACGCCAUUUUUGGAACUAGAGGAUGAGUUCUGCAAGAAUUUCCGUGGUCUGGACAUGCCAGAUGGCGCACCAGCCACCACGCAGAUGCAGCGCGUCGUGGGAUUUCAGCGCAGACACUCACUAUGCCCGGUUACCCUGCCCAACUCAAAGUUCAACAGCGGGAGUGUGGACCCAAUCGGCGAGCCAGCCUGCUGGGCCCUUACUAACACUGCUAACCAGCAGUGGAGCCUGAAACACCAGCAACAGUUGCCCCGCUCCUCUCUCAACCACAUCCCAUUCCGUGUGGACCGUUCGGUCAGCAUGAUAGAGGGCCAUGUUGGCAGCCUCGGGUACAACGAGCAGCAGCUCCCCACCACCCCUCCUCUGAUGCCCCCACCCGGCCUAAGUAUCAGCACCAGCUGCCUGUCAUCUCCAAAGUCACUCGCCCCCUCCCCUCCCAUCUCCACCCGGUACAAAACCGAAAUGUGCCGCACUUACGAGGAGAGUGGCACAUGCAAAUACGGAGCCAAGUGUCAGUUUGCCCACGGCACGGAUGAGCAGCGUGACUUGAGCAGGCACCCGAAGUACAAAACCGAGCCUUGCCGCACGUUCCACACCAUUGGCUUCUGCCCCUAUGGCGCCCGCUGUCACUUCAUCCAUAAUGCGGACGAGCAGCUCGGGCCCGAUGGCGGAGCGCCACCUCAGCGACAGAAGAUGCGAGAACGCCCACAGCUGUUGCGUCACAGCAUUAGUUUCGCUGGCUUCUCCUCUCCCCAAGCGCUGACCGGAUUCCAACCCGUUCCAGAGCCCAUGCUGUUCUCCAGGGCUUCCUCAGUAUCAUCCCCGCCCUCCACAGGUAGCCCAGAACUGCUGUCCCCAUUGUUUCCAGAACCUGCUACACUAAAGCACAACUAUCCGUUCUCAUCUGACUUCGGGAACGAUCAGAUUAAUAACAACCCUCACUUUUACGCCAUCACUGACUCUAAGUGCCAAACUGUCUGUGCGCAAAAGUCAGCUGCACAUAACUCUCACCGCAAUGCCUUCUCAUUCACCGGCCUGCCUGCCAUGCAGCGGUGUGCUUCACCUGACUCUCUUUCCGACCAGGAAGGCUAUACCAGCUCCAGUAGCCAGAGUGGUUGUGAGUCCCCUGGCCUUGAGGGCAGACGUCUCCCCAUCUUUAGCCGCCUCUCUGUCUCAGAUGACUAAACUUUAACUGGACAUUGCAUUCUCAUCCAAACAGAGGAAUUCUGCUAAGUGUUGUAAAGCUAGCCAACAUAUAUAUAUUUUUUAAUAUCCAUGUAUACUGUUGUAUACCCGUUUUUAGCUACUAUGGGUGCCUCAACUAGCUUUACAGUAUCCGUGGUGUCUUUGCUGAGAGAGUUCUGUUGGGGAAUUUUUUUUGUACCCAUUUUGAAAAAACAUGUCAGUAAUGAUACUUUUGGGCUUGGUAGAAGGACAAACCUACUGUGCACACGUGUGCUUUUUACAACUUCAACGGUUCUCCUUAUACCCUUGCCCUUUAGAGUGUAACCAAAGCUGAACAUAGUAUCUAUCUUGUCUUGUAGGCAGAGUAAAUGUUGAAAUGUAUCCAAAAAUGUAGCUAGGCCUACUGUAAACAAAUGUAGCCUUUAGUAAAGGCAACUAAUUGACAGUAUUAUCAGGUAGUCUAACUAUAGAGCUUUUUUUUUUAGAUGUAUUUAUUUUGUAUGUUUUCACAGAGUUUGUUUAUAAUUGUGUUGUGCAUUUGUACAUGAUGCAGAAGGACAUGCUUUACUCUUUGCUUUGUUUGAGCUAUCGCGUAGCUUUAGAACUUUGAAUUGCUUGAGUGUAGACACUGCCAGAGCCAUGUCCACCAUCAUCGCGUUAUGCCAGUGAAGGCAAUACUUGUGUUACAAGUUACCUUGUUCAAUCAGUAAAUAGACUUAUUGCCCUCACCGGUCAUAGUAAGAUGCUACAGGAGGUAUUUUAUGUGUUCUAACACAACAAGUGCAUAUCAGCGUUUUAGUUUGGGUUUCAGCGUUUCACCGUUCAAGUUAAAAAAAAAAAGAAACUGAAACAUUCAUUCAGUUUUGCUUACUCGGUGAGACAGGAUUCUCAUACACCAUUUUGUGACUGUUUCUAUAAUAUUAAAACAUGAUUUGUGGUGUUACGUGAGGUAAUUUAAAAAACAUGAGCUGGCGCACACACAAAACAAUUAGUUUGUGUGGAGGUGCUGUCUAACAAUGAAUAAACUAUCAAAAUAAAGUCGCACACGCCAUAUAUGAACUCCGGGUAAUUUAAUGGAUAUUUACCAACGUUUCGGCAUCACUGUGCCUUCCUCAGGGUACGUGUGGUAAUAACAUAGGAAAACAAUGUUGCCACAAUGUAUGAGUAAUAUGGGUUGCAUCAACAUCUUGGUCUCUUGCACACCAGCUGUUAUUAGACAAAGUGACAUGAAUUACUAUGUGUAUUUUAUCUUACAAUGAACUUGUCUUUGUGGCCCAUCUUCAGUAAGAAGGACUGCGCUUUUCUUUAGCCUUAACUGUGUUGGAAAAACAAACACGGCUUUGCAUUUGUUAAAUUAAAACGUAUUUAUUUUGUUUUUCAAAGCAAAAAUGAUAGUGUCGGUUUUAUAUUAUGUUGGUUUCUAUAUAAUUUAAGUGUAUUGUUUACAUUCCAUGGGAUAUGUAUCCCGGUUUCUAUCUUAAUAUAUUUUUACCUGUUUGGUUCAAAAUAAAACUUUUG